AGCAGCGCCGGGCCAGGGCAAGGCCAGGGAAGGCAGGUCUGCAGCCGGCGGGGCGGGAGGCUGGCUGAUAGAAACCUACCCGGUUUCGGAACGGCCGGAGGCGCCCAGCCCGCCGAGUUCGCGAUGACCUGCUGAGAAGCUUCGUUGGAGGCUGCAGGAGGCGGCCUCGCUGCAGGCGGUGCGGUUCGCGGCCUCCUCCCUCGUCUUACUGAGCCCCGGCCCCCCACCCAUCCCCGCGCCCCCUCCCUGCCGCCAGCCGAGAUGGCGGAUCCAGCCGAAUGCAGCAUCAAAGUGAUGUGCCGGUUCCGGCCCCUCAACGAAGCGGAGAUUCUCCGAGGGGACAAAUUCAUCCCAAAAUUUAAAGGCGAUGAGACCGUGGUGAUUGGGCAAGGGAAGCCAUAUGUCUUCGACAGAGUGCUGCCUCCCAGCACGACCCAAGAGCAGGUUUACAAUGCGUGUGCAAAGCAAAUUGUCAAAGAUGUCCUUGAAGGUUAUAACGGGACGAUUUUUGCGUAUGGACAGACUUCAUCAGGAAAAACACACACCAUGGAGGGGAAGCUACAUGACCCUCAACUCAUGGGGAUCAUCCCAAGGAUCGCGCACGACAUCUUUGACCACAUCUAUUCCAUGGAUGAAAACCUGGAGUUUCAUAUCAAGGUUUCCUAUUUUGAGAUCUACUUGGACAAAAUCAGGGACUUAUUGGAUGUAUCCAAGACGAACUUGGCUGUUCAUGAAGACAAAAACAGAGUCCCGUAUGUAAAGGGGUGCACCGAGCGCUUUGUGUCAAGCCCUGAGGAAGUCAUGGAUGUGAUAGAUGAAGGCAAAGCAAACCGACACGUGGCUGUAACAAAUAUGAAUGAACACAGCUCGAGAAGUCACAGUAUCUUCCUGAUCAAUAUUAAACAAGAGAAUGUAGAGACCGAAAAAAAGCUCAGUGGGAAGCUGUAUCUGGUUGAUUUGGCCGGGAGCGAAAAGGUCAGCAAGACUGGUGCCGAGGGAGCUGUUCUCGACGAAGCUAAAAAUAUCAAUAAAUCUUUGUCUGCUCUUGGAAACGUGAUCUCUGCCUUGGCAGAAGGGACAAAAACACACGUACCAUAUCGGGACAGCAAGAUGACUCGAAUUCUUCAGGACUCUCUGGGUGGGAACUGUAGAACCACCAUCGUUAUUUGCUGCUCUCCUUCUGUCUUCAAUGAGGCUGAGACCAAGUCAACACUGAUGUUUGGGCAAAGGGCUAAGACCAUCAAGAAUACAGUCUCCGUGAACCUGGAACUGACAGCGGAAGAAUGGAAGAAGAAAUAUGAAAAAGAGAAAGAGAAAAACAAGACUCUCAAGAAUGUUAUCCAGCAUCUGGAGAUGGAGCUAAACAGAUGGAGAAAUGGAGAAGCUGUGCCUGAGGAUGAACAGAUCAGUGCUAAAGACCAGAAGACCUUGGAGCCCUGCGAUAACACCCCCAUCAUAGACAAUAUUGCUCCUGUUGUUGCUGGCAUCUCUGCAGAGGAGAAAGAGAAGUACGACGAGGAGAUCUCCAGUCUCUACAGACAACUGGAUGAUAAGGAUGAUGAAAUUAACCAGCAGAGCCAGCUGGCUGAAAAGCUAAAGCAACAGAUGUUGGAUCAGGACGAGCUUUUGGCUUCCACAAGAAGAGAUUAUGAGAAGAUCCAGGAAGAACUGACACGUCUCCAGAUUGAAAACGAGGCAGCCAAAGAUGAAGUGAAAGAAGUUCUCCAGGCUCUGGAAGAGCUGGCUGUCAAUUAUGACCAGAAGUCCCAGGAAGUAGAGGACAAGACCAGGGCCAAUGAGCAGCUGACAGAUGAGCUGGCCCAGAAGACGACUACAUUGACAACCACACAGAGAGAGCUGAGCCAGCUACAAGAGCUUAGCAACCACCAGAAGAAGAGGGCUACUGAGAUCCUGAAUUUGCUGUUGAAGGAUCUGGGGGAGAUAGGUGGAAUUAUCGGCACCAAUGAUGUGAAGACUUUGGCAGAUGUGAACGGAGUCAUUGAGGAGGAAUUCACCAUGGCCCGCCUGUAUAUCAGCAAGAUGAAGUCGGAGGUUAAAUCCCUGGUGAACCGCAGCAAACAGCUCGAGAGCGCCCAGAUGGACUCCAACAGGAAGAUGAAUGCCAGUGAGCGGGAGCUGGCAGCCUGCCAGCUGCUCAUCUCCCAGCAUGAAGCCAAGAUCAAAUCCCUGACAGAUUACAUGCAGAACAUGGAACAGAAGAGGAGGCAGCUGGAAGAGUCCCAAGACUCACUUAGUGAAGAGCUGGCCAAACUCCGAGCCCAAGAAAAAAUGCACGAAGUCAGCUUCCAGGAUAAGGAAAAGGAACACCUGACCCGACUGCAGGACGCUGAGGAAAUGAAGAAGGCGCUGGAGCAGCAGAUGGAGAGUCACCGGGAAGCUCACCAGAAGCAGCUGUCCAGACUUCGAGAUGAGAUCGAGGAGAAGCAGAAAAUCAUCGAUGAGAUGCGGGAUUUGAAUCAGAAGCUGCAGCUAGAGCAGGAGAAGCUCAGUUCUGAUUAUAACAAGCUGAAAGUGGAAGACCAAGAGAGGGAAAUGAAGCUGGAGAAGCUCUUAUUGCUCAAUGAUAAAAGGGAACAAGCCAGAGAGGACCUCAAGGGGCUGGAGGAGACAGUGUCUCGAGAAUUGCAGACUCUUCAUAACCUCCGGAAACUCUUUGUCCAGGAUCUGACUGCCCGGGUCAAGAAGAGUGUAGAGCUGGACAACGAUGAUGGAGGGGGCAGUGCUGCCCAGAAGCAGAAAAUUUCCUUCCUGGAAAAUAACCUGGAGCAGCUCACGAAGGUUCACAAACAGCUGGUCCGGGACAAUGCAGACCUGCGCUGUGAGCUGCCCAAGCUGGAGAAGCGGCUGCGUGCCACGGCGGAGCGUGUCAAGGCCCUGGAGAGCGCGUUGAAGGAGGCCAAGGAGAACGCCAUGCGGGACCGCAAGCGCUACCAGCAGGAGGUGGAUCGCAUCAAGGAGGCUGUUCGAGCCAAGAAUAUGGCCAGGAGGGCCCACUCAGCCCAGAUUGCCAAGCCCAUCCGCCCUGGACACUACCCAGCAUCAUCUCCAACGGCCGUCCACGCCAUCCGAGGGGGAGGAGGAGGCUCUUCAAACUCCACUCAUUACCAGAAAUAAAUGCGAAAUACGGCUCUCCACGCAGCAUGUCAAGGACUACAUUAAUCACCAAUUCCUAUAUAUUUUUUUCCCCUCCUACACAAAAUUUCCAUUUUCUUUUACAUUUGUUUACCCCAGCCAUCUGCAGUACACCAGUUUCAGAUAUUUGAGCUGUGUAGAAUUUCUGUGUGUAGAGGUGUGUGCUUGGACUUUUCCUGAGAAAUCUGAAGGGGACACUAACAGAAGAUCCACUUACCCCUGGGAACCAUUGCCAGGACUCGGCUUCGGGGUGCUGGGUGGUCUCUGGGCAGUCCCUGGAGCCUCCUCUCUCCAUAGUGCACAGUCCCAGCAAACGCCCUCCAUCCCAUUCCCUGGGGGGAACAUCCAAGUGCCCUGGAGGCGGGGAAUCACGCUCCACUGCACCUGUCUGGUCUCCUGUAAAAUAAACAUAUUACUUUAUAUUUUUAGGGAACAACAACAAAAAAGUGCUGCUAUAAGGUUCAAAAUUUUCAUUCUGAACACUUUUCUGAAACAAAUUACCCCAAAGAAGCAUUUUGAAUAUCCCGGUCACAUCUUUGGAUCUGUGAAAUACACUUUUAGUAGGGCACCUGUUAAAAUGCAAAACAAAUUUCUUCAAGGCAGAAAAACAAUCUGACAGUAGCAAUGUAGAAUUUGUUCAUUCAAACACAUCUAUGUAAAUGUGAAAAGUCAUAAAAUUCACCUGAGCUGCUUGCUAGUGAACCUGCAGCGACUAGUCUCAGCCAGCCCACUUUGAACAUCCUUUCUUCAGGAGUGUUGAAAAUGCUGCAAAGUUGGGUGAUUGGAAAUGGGGUGGCCCCCUCCUCGCUUCCUCCUCCCUGACCCUACUGGAGCUCGCAUUGCGGAUGGCUUCUUCCUGUAGGGAACCAUCUUAAGCCUUGAGGGGGUACUGCUGAUGAAAUCCAGGAUCAUUCAUUCCCACAGUUGAAAAAGGAAGCCCUCCGGCAGGGGAGUAAUUGACAAAUAUUUGUGCCUGUGAAUAAGUUGCUGUAAGUUGUUAUGUUAACCCUUCAUUGCGGAUUGUUUUUUUGAGUUUGCUCUGUGGCUUCAAAUUGAUAGAUUUCAUCUUCUUAAGCAGAAUUAGAAGAACUCAGUAUGGAUGGAUUUUUUUUUUUUUUUUACAUUUAACUAUUGGUUUAUUUAACACAUGAAUUUAAAGCUGAAUCAACUCUUACUUCCAGUUGUGGAUUUUAGAAUGAUUGAUUUCCAAGUAGUAAAGUCUUCAGGGAAGCUGACAAAGGUUCAAUUAACUUGGUCUUGUGUGCUGCUACUAGUUUUGACAAAUUGGAGGGUAAGUCAGUGACGACCAGACUAAUCUCAGUGAAAACAUCCAUCCUAUCUCUGUGCCUGCCCACGAUGAGGAAGCUGGCACUGUCCCUGCUGCUGUCACCACAGGAAUGAAAUGUAGGCCGGGUAGACAUGGAGUUUUCUCUUUGCUGUGUGAGUCGUAGUUGAAGUGUGUGUGUGUGUGUGUGUGUGUGUGUGUGUGUAAAGCACUGAGGACUGUGAAUUAACUUCCAGACUUUUCUUGUGUAAAAUUUCCCUAACACAGCAAAGCUGCUUUGACUUAAUUUAUUUGUUAAAUGUUGCACUUUGUUUAUGUGUUUUGGUUUUUUUUG